UUUAAAAAAUUUACAUUAAAAAACAAGGUAACAGAAACCUAACAGCUCUAAAACACAGAUUAUUCACUGUAAAGACAUUCUCAACUCUUCCUGUAAUCGACUAAUCGGUAAGGUAUUUUGUUGGCUGAUUGCUCCUAAACUCUUCUUCUAUAUUUCCUUUAAAAAACCAGCGAGAGGGAGAGGGAGGGGGAGAGAGAUUCCAUUUGGGUGUGUGGGUUUGUAUUAGAUUCUGUUACAUCUCUUGUUCUGUAUCAAUCAAUCAUGCAAUAAUAAGUCUUACAGCAAUUAUAGUUCGUCUUUUCUCUUCUCACUUCUCUGCCACUUCAUCAUCUCUCAUGUUCAGAGACCACUCGAGGGUCUUAUCCUCCAAAAAUCCGAAAAAAAGCUGUCUUUUCCCAUCUGGGUUUUGGAGACUAAUGCGUUUUCUCUGUUUAUGAUUCAGGGUUACUCUUGUGAUCCAAGCCAUAACAAAAGAAAAAUCUUACUAUCUCAUUUCUGUCUUACGGUUACGGAAGAAGCGUGUUAGCUGUAACCCAUAAAAAAAAUCCGGAAAGAGGAGCUUUUCCGUUUGGAUACUUCAGAGCAGUGUGUUUCCUCUAUCUGAAUCCAUAUCAAAGUCCAAAAACUUGUAUUUUCGAUCUGGGUUUGGCGGGUAUAUGUCGCUUUUCCAAUCUGUAUAAUCCUUAAAUGCUCGAAAGUUACAACUUUUUCGAUCGGGUUGUUUAGGGGAUCACCUAGUUCUAAUCAUUGUUUAGAAAUAAGUCAAGUGUCCGAGCUUUUCUAUCUCGGUUUUUUGAUUGAAAAUAUAUUUGUCUCUCUCUGUAAUCCAGAAAGAAAGGCACUGGGAUAUAGUUUUCACCAUUUGAAUUUGGAGUGUGGUGCCUUCUUAUGUGCAACCUGUCAAGAUUCAAAAGCAUGAACUUUUGGAUGGGUACUGAGAAUAAGUUUUUGCUUUGAAUCUCCUCUGCAAGAUCCGAGUUCUGAGAAUUCCAUUAAUCAGGUCCCAAAAAAGUCAAACCUUCAUACUUGGGUUUACAAGGUAUUCAUUAUUUCAGUGUGUGGGGGCUCCCACCAACAGAGUUAUCGAUCAAAAGGCAAAAAUUUGGAUCCUUUCACCUGAAAUCGGUCCAAUAGAUUGAAUUUCUCCUACUGGGUUUGCAGAGUAAUGCGUUUUGGAGGUCUAGAUAAUGGCGACAUUGGUCCCUGGUGUCCUCCUGAAGCUUCUACAACAUAUGAAUACAGAUGUGAAAGUUGCUGGUGAGCACCGGUCUUCAUUGCUGCAGGUUGUAAGCAUUGUCCCUGCACUUGCAGGUGGAGAGCUCUUCCCAAACCAAGGAUUCUACCUCAAGGUCUCAGACUCCUCUCAUGCCACCUAUGUCUCCCUCCCUGACGAGCACGACGAUCUCAUCCUCAGUGAUAAACUUCAACUGGGUCAGUUCAUCCAUGUUGAGCGGCUUGAGGCUGCUUCCCCUGUUCCAAUCCUCCGUGGAGUGAGGCCUGUACCUGGUCGCCAUGCCUGCAUUGGAAACCCUGAGGAUCUUGUUGCAAAACACUCACUCUGCUUCCUCAAUUCUUCGGGAUCAAAUCCAUUAGAGAAAAUCAAGACACAAUCCAAGGUCUCGAACAACAACCAAGUUCUGGAUAAAGAGAAAUGCAAAACACUUUCUCAGACCUUGAACAAUAACACAAGUCGGGAGAAAGACAAGAUCAAGUCGGAGAAACAACAUGGAGCUGCAAAGGUUGCAGAGUCGGACAAGAAGACCGCAACUUUCAAUAGAUCAAGGUCUCUGUUAUUAAGGCCUGCUUUGAAUUUAGUUGAGAAGAAGGAUUCUGUGACACCUUCGAAAUCUUCCAAUUCGCGGUCAAUCCCUUCAUCUCCAACGAGUUGCUACUCAUUGCCUACUUCAUUUGAGAAGUUUGCAAAUGGGGUCAGGAAGCAAGCAAAGAUCAAAGGAUUGGAUAAACCAACUACGGGAUUGGGAUUGGCGGACAAGGCAGCUUCUGUUCUUAGAGCAAGUACAUCAACGAAGAAGUUGCCUGUGGAGAAUUCCAUUGGUAAUCUGGUUCAGGGUAUUGGAGUGGGAACCAGGGCUUUGAGAAGGAGCUGGGAAGGGAGUGUGGAGGUGAAAAGUAGGGAGAAUUCAAGCUCAAAGACUGCCAAGCAUGAUUUGAAAUCUGAACCUCGGAGCACUUCUAUUCCUCGAAUAAAAUCAUCAACAAGUGAUAAAUUGUUGUCUAAAGAGGACAAUAAGGUUCAGACGCUUGCAAAGAAAAUAACAGCAAAUGGGACUAUAGGUGAUCCUGAUAAGUCAAAUAAGCAACGCGCUUCUAUUGGAAAGAAAACAUCAGGUGAAGUUUCCAGUAAUGGAUUCCCAGGAAACUUGGUCAAGGUUUCUCUCAAUAAUAGAAGACUGACAGAUGGUAGUGUUUCUUGGGCCUCACUUCCUUCUUCUCUUGCAAAGCUUGGAAAGGAAGUUCUGAAGUACAGAGAUGCUGCACAAAUGGCAGCUAUUGAGGCCAUGCAAGAAGCUUCUGCUGCAGAAAGCUUAAUUAGAUGCUUGAGCAUAUAUGCUGAGUUAAGUACAUCUGCCAAGGAGGAUAACCCACAACCUACAGUUGAGCAGUUCCUGAGUCUCCAUGCAAGCUUGAACAGGGCUCGUCUUGUGGCUGAUUCCCUAUCAAAGACAGUCUCAGUAGGGUCAUCAACAGAUGGUGAAGAUGAACCAUCAGAAGAAGCUCUGAAGAUCUCAUUGGAGAGGCGUAAACAUGCAACUUCAUGGGUCCACAGUGCAUUAGCCACUGACUUAUCAUCCUUUACAGUAUUUAACAAACAACCAGUUUCCACCUUGAGCUCGACUUCAACUCCCGCUCAAAGUCAACGGACUACUGCUAGCAACCAUACCAUGCUAGUCCUAGAGAACUCAACCAAGAAUACAUCAACAAAGGCUCAAAGCAAAACUCGCCCAUUAGUUGGUUCUAAACUUCUUACAUCAGGAGCACUCCGCCGUGCUGGGGAUGGGCUAAAUGUAGGUCACAAGACACAGACUACACCACCACCUGAGUGGAUCCAAGGAAACGGCCUUGAUGAAGCUGUUGAUUUGGCACAAACAUUAAAGACGGAGUCUCAGGACUGGUUCUUGGGUUUCAUCGAGAGGUUCUUGGAUGCUGAUAUGGAUAAUUCAGCCCUCAGAGAUAAUAGUCAAAUAGCAAGUAUGUUGUCUCAGCUCAAAAGUGUAAAUGACUGGUUAGAGGAGAUUGGAUCUACUAAGGAUGAAGAAGAAGAUGGACCCUGCAUUCCAUCUGAGACGAUUGAUAGGCUGAGGAAGAAGAUCUAUGACUAUCUCCUUACACAUGUAGAAUCUGCUGCAGUUGCUCUUGGUGCUGGAGCUCAAACAACACCACAGAGCCAAGCAGCGGAAACAAAACCAAGAAGAUGACAUUUGGAAUAUGCUGCUGGGCCAAAGACAUCUAUUGUAUGAAAUUUAUGCAAUACUGAACCAUUGGAUCUGAGCCAUAUUGCAUGUCUGCAAUUGUGAACAUAUCCAACCUAGUCACCAAGUGGUUAGGGAGGGGCCUUUUUCAUCUAAUUAUGUAUAUACAUCCUCUGGUGGGGAUACAUGGAAUAUUUAUAAUUUAUUAUCAAGCAAGCAUUUUGAUGAGAUGUGAAGGGUGAUGGGACUUUUGAGUUUAUCAAAGUUAAACAUUUACUAUUUUA